CGGACAUCUUGUUGGCGGUUGGGGUGGAACCGUCCGUGCAUAAGUGGGAACGCUGCGGUGGUUCUGAGGUGACGAAAGCGGAGAGGUGCGGGAGGAGACGCUGUCCCCACUGCGAAGAGGCUCAGCGGUGGCGGCGCGUGUGAGGCGGACCGGCCAGCCGCGGGGCCUGUGUCCCGACCCGGUUCUCUCCUCUAACCGCUCGGCGCGGCCCAGAGUGCGAUGGCGGUGGCCGCGGUGCUGGGUCCUGGGCAGAUCCUCUGUGGUCACUGAACUGUAACAGGAGAGAACUCUGGAUGUCUGACUAAGAGGGCAUGACUCUAGCCACAGCAGGAGGGGCUUGGAUAGGCCCUGAUUGUUGGCGUGGGGUGGAGGAUGAAGAGGCACCUUCUCAGCAGAGCAUUUCUGGAGCGUCACAUGUUAAUACUUCUGAGGCAGGUUCAUCCACACAGACGCCUCACUCUUGUGGCAUAUGUGGCCCCAUCUUGAAAGAUAUUUUACACCUGGAUGAACACCAUGGAACACACCAUGGACUGAAACCUCACACGUGUGGGGCAUGUGGGAGACAACUCUGGUUCAGUGCAAAUGUGGGCCAGCAGCAUUACAGUGUAGAGAAACCCUUAAGAAGGGAUGAAGGCAAGGCUUCAUUUGGGAAGAAUGGUACAGUUUGUGAAGAACUUCACCUAUCAGAGAAGCCCUUUAUGUGUGAAAAGGACCAGAAGAAAUUCCUUGAUAGUUUGGGUAGUCAUCAGCAAAUAACUUCUCGUAGCAAGAGGAAGACACCCAGGAACACUGAAAGUGGGGAGGACUUUUACAUUGGACAAAUGCAUUACAAGUGCAGUGAAUGUGGGAAAGCUUUUAGCCGCAAAGACACACUUGUCCAACACCAGAGAAUCCAUAGUGGAGAAAAACCUUAUGAGUGUAGCGAAUGUGGGAAAGCCUUCAGCCGCAAAGCCACACUUGUCCAACACCAGAGAAUCCAUACUGGAGAAAGGCCUUAUGAAUGCAGUGAAUGUGGAAAAACCUUCAGUCGAAAAGACAACCUUACUCAGCACAAAAGAGUCCACACUGGAGAAAUGCCUUACAAAUGCAGUGAGUGUGGGAAAUACUUUAGCCAUCACUCCAACCUAAUUGUACACCAGAGAGUUCACAAUGGAGCAAGGCCUUAUAAGUGCAGUGAUUGUGGGAAAGUCUUCAGACACAAGUCCACACUCGUUCAGCAUGAGAGCAUUCACACUGGAGAAAAUCCUUAUGAUUGCAGUGAUUGUGGGAAAUCCUUUGGCCACAAAUACACCCUUAUUAAACACCAGAGAAUUCACACUGAGACAAAGCCUUUUGAAUGCACUGAAUGUGGGAAAUUCUUUAGUCGAAGUUCUGACUUUAUUGCACACCAGAGGGUUCACACUGGUGAAAGGCCUUUUGUGUGCAGCAAAUGUGGGAAAGACUUCAUCAGAACCUCCCACCUUGUUCGGCACCAAAAAGUUCACACUGGAGAAAGGCCAUAUGAGUGCAGUGAAUGUGGGAAAGCCUACAGCUUAAGCUCCCACCUCAAUCGACACCAGAAAGUUCAUACUGCAGGCAGGCUGUAGGAGUACUUUUAACACAAGACUCAUCAGUCAGAUGUUGAACCUCAGAUAUCUGAACAUUGACAUGAGGGAGAUACCUUUUGAGUGCCAGGUACAUAGGAAGUUUCCAGGGACUGUGUUGCACUUUCUCACCUUCUCAGACUCCUUGCCAUAUUUAUGUCAUUGUCACUGUGGCUGAAACCAUUUUAACUCUACCAGCUUAGUGACCCUAACAUCCUCACAGAAAGCAGGACUUUGUAUUCUCUCCAAUGGAGAGAAUCAUGAGACUCUUGAAUUUACCAGAGAUCUUCAUGCCCAUCUCUCUGCCUAGUAUAGGUGUUGAAAUGACCCAUCUUUAGCCAAGAGGACCUAAGCUGUAUUCUGCUGGUAGCUUACAGAGAAGGUUUACCUUCUUUAUGGACAUUGUUGGUCUCAUGUGAUACUUGUGAUGGAUUUUCCAGCCUCCAUUGUCACCCAGCCUGGGAAAGUACUUCCCUCCUGUUGCUCUGUGAUAAUAAAGGCCUUAUAGUUUAAGCCACCUUUAA